UAUAAAAACUGCUGUAGCUGCCUGAAUACACUGGAACAUUAAUAAUAGAGCAUGUAAUUGUCUAUUAUCCAUGAUUCUAGACAAAUAUCGGACUGAAAAUUGUUGACUUGUUUAUAACUAAGCUUGAAAGAUAAGAGACAUUUGUUUCGCGGAUGUUUCCAUUGUUCGUUGUUAUAAAAGGGUGUUUUAUACAUGUGACAAAUAUUUGAUUUUAACAAUACAUCCUAUUUCUUAUCAAUUAUCGCUGAACUAGAAAUAUUCACAGCUCAAUUAAAAUGGUCAUGUUGGAUCGUGAAAAGGUUGACAUGGUAUUGUGCAUGCAGACAUAAAGCUGUGUCAUUUUUCUCAAACAUCCAUACUUCCACUCAGCAUGUCUUCAAAUAACGUACGAAUGAGAAUACCGGUUGGCGAAAAGGAGGAGUGCAUCGUAAUGGGCUCCUACUUAAACAUAGGUUACAAGGGUUGGAAUGAGGUGCUCAAAGAUGUAAAGGAUAAGAUACAAAAUUCAAGCAUGAACACAAGACUUGUUGAGUAUUACAUUGAUGGCGAGGACUCCGUUUCAACCCGAAGAAUAAAGCGUAUAGUUAGAGAACGCCAAAAGAAGGAAGCAGAAUUAUACCAUGCACAUGGAAAGACUAGUGAGAAAAAUAAAGCCACCACCAAACCGAAGAAUGAAACAAAAAAGAGCUCAUCCGACAAGGCAAAACAAAAGUUCAGUUUCUUUAUGGACUCGGAGUCUAACAGCUCGUCAGGCGCAAGCGACACAGAAGAGAUAAACGAAACACAGGCAAUUGUCAAAAAAGGAAUAGAUAAGAUGAUGCAUUUUUCAAGGAAGCGAGCUCCUGAGGAAAGAAAGAAAGAGAAAAAAUCCAUAGUACCUUAUGAAGUUACAUCAGACACCGACGAUGAAAAACCAGCUAAAAAAAAGCAGAGUUUGCGAGAGGCAAACCUUGAGGCGCAAAAGGCGCACACUAAAAUGUGCGAGCAAGCAAACGCAGCCAUGGCGCUUAUGUCAAAUGUCUUGACAAAAUUAGAUAAAAAAAUUGACGAUCUGUAAAAAUUGACGAGCUGGUUUUAAUUUGUAUUUCAUGUUGCAUAACAUACUAUGGUUUUUGUUAUGAUUGAGAAUAAAUAUGACCUUGAAAAUACAAAUAAAUGUUCGAAGGUUUUAUUUGUGUGUUUUUUUUAGUGUUAAUUUGCAUACUUAAGGUUCGAUUUGAACAUUUGCAUACGUAACGUAUCGAAAGCGUCUUAUACGG